AACUGUCUUUAGAAACUGGACCAUACCAAGUACCUAACUUACCCUUAGGCCAUACUACCAUUCCUUAUGUUUCUGUUCAUUUGUAUAUCAUACGUGGACCUGAUCAGAAAAAAAGUUGUUCAAUAAUACAUUAAGAGCUGGUGGUGGGCGUCACGACAGGCUGACUUAACUCUGAAUAUUUUCAAACAGACUGAACGGAGCUUAGUCAGCUUAGUCAUGUUUGGAAGUGAAGUUUGAAAAUACGUACAGAUUCUCGUUCUCGUUAAACCGAGGCAGCAAAGUAACUGAACCGCAUCACGAUGAAGACGUGUAUGUAACAGUCGGUAUAUAUAAGGCUGAAUCAAUGACCAAAGACCAGUACAUUAGGGGCAGCUAAUAGAGCCACAUGACAGUGUCCGGGAGAAGAAUCAGGAGAUGAAGACUCACCCAAAUCUGAAGAGUUUGGUGAAUGGUGUACAGACUGCUGAAGAGAUGGAGAACAUGAUUGGCACAGCAUUGUCUUAUCAAGACAUGUUUGAUCACAGAACCUCACCCUGGGAGAUGCACAAAUGGGAGCAGGAGGACCUACAAAAACUCAAGAUUGAUCUUGAAAAAGUAGAUCGUCUGUAUCACAUAAAAUUUCAAGAUGAUGAAGUGGAGCAGCGCGACUAUGAGCUUGUAGCACGUGUGGAAUUUGCACCCAAGACCUGGAUGUUCAUUGAACUUGUGGCUGGCUGUGACUACACUGGAUUUGAUUGUAGAGGUGGAGGUGAAAUUUAUGUGAGCUUUGAUGCACAAGUGUUCCUGAAAUCUGUACUUAAUCGGGAUUAUUCCAUUCACCGGAUCUGGCAGUCAAUGGUGGAAGAUGAUUAUGAAGUUGGGAAGAAGCAUGUAGUUGAAGAAAUUUUUGUAUGGUAAAUGGCCUUCUGGUACUUGCAGUAAAGGAUGCCAUCUUCAAAGGUACAGUAUCAUAAUUGACUGAUGGCUGUUUUUGGUAUAUGGAUAAUAGGAAUGGUCAGUACUGUAAUUAGAAUGUAGUUUCAUUAUCCGUGCUGUACAAUUUUAUAAGGAGAGAAGGGAGAUCACCGCAUGAACAACUUCUUGCCUUAAUUAACUUGAGAUUCAAGAUAGCAUAUAGUUUCCCUUUAAGCAGUGAGUGGAGAACUGUAUGAAGGCCUUGAUAUGACUAAACCUUUUCAUUUAGGAGGAUGCUGUUUUAUAAUGAUAUGAAGAUAGUAUGAACAGAUGAUAGGAAUAUUCUGCAUGAUACACAAAGAUACAGUAUACCUGUACUGCAAGAGAGAUAUGAUUGGAUUUUGCUUUUUUCCAUCUUUUCCCAAUUAAUGUUUCUGGCUAUUGCCCUUAAGCCAGACAAUAUUUGUACUAACUAUAGGGCUACUUUCUAGGGGUUUUAUAUCAUCACACAGCCUCUCAUGAUGUGAAAGUUGACUGGUAAUCUAUUUGGAUAUACCAACACCCUUCUUUCAUGAAGGGCAUUCACACACUUAGAUGGUCCAACCCUCAUAAUACCUCUCAAAAGUGAGAUGCUACCUCAUUUGGAGUACUGUCACUCCAUCUGGUCCCAAGGAUAUGCGAGAGACUCAGUUAAUUGAAAAUCUUGAGAGGAGGCCCAGCAGACAGGUGCCCUCUCUACAGCACCUCCGUUGCCUAGAGAUGUUGGAAUGCCUGCAGUUGCUUAGCUUGUACACUAGUCGGGCAAGGGGUAACUAAAUUGAAGUCUAUAAACACUUCUGAGGACUUCACUCAAUCGAGUGUUCACACUCAGAGCUGGCAGAUGCCCAGUUCACUAGAGGUCACAGCUUAAGGUUGAAGUCACAAGUUCAGAAAAUUUUCAGGGCAAACCCUUUUGGAGUGAAUUUUGUGAACUCGGAAUAAUCUGCCAGAAAGAGUUGUGAUGGCACCGAAUGUGAGCUCAUUCAAGACCAGAAUUGACCAACACUGAAGCAGGCACAGAUUCAUUCUGGAGCCAGUGCAUGCCAACAGUGCAUAAUAGAGAUGUGACUGACUGCCCUAGUAGCUAACAAGCUGACAAGUGGCACAGAGGAUAAAGUAAAGUAUCACACUGUACUGUACCCCAAAAGGAGACAAUGUAACUGCUGUCUUCUACAGGCUAAGAGGUCUUUAUUUGAGCUUGGACUAUUCAUCCAGCAUUAAAUAAUUUUAAGGUACUGUAUAUUGUCUUAUCUUGAUUUCUAGUUUAACCAUCAUUUUGAAUAUAUAGUUCUGAGCAUAUUGUCCAAGAAGGUGGUUGGAACAGACCAAUUCCUCCUGUACUGCUUUUAUUCUGUAGACACUAAGUUUUAACAUUUCCCUUAGAUUCUUCAGGGAUCGGUUAUCUAGAAUUACCACAGUUCUGGGUGUUAAUAAUAGUGAGAUGACUACCUACGGUAUAUUGGUUUGUACAUAUAAUUUUUCAUAGGGUAUUUUGACAUAUCACCCCUCUGUGUUUGCGUGGGUGUGCUAGAAGUGGCUGACUUUAGCACUAGAGUCUGUUGAUCUAUUCUAUUCUCUCAAACACCAUACUUUGGUCCAUACACUUUGCUGUAUUUGCAGUUUGUAGAUUUGUGUGGGUCAGGAUAACCCACACAAGCAUGGAAUUGGCAGUAAAUGACAACGAUGAUGAUGAGGUUGAGACUCUUCAAGUGUUUUGUAUUUGAUGAGCCAGUAUAUGAACACAGGAUAACCAUGAGCCAGCAGUGCUUGGGCUUUUUUUUUUAGGUAAGGUUAUGAGAGUUGCAUGGUUUAGUGUUGUAUCCAGAAAUGGAUUAUUCAUCUUAAUGUAUGUAUGUUUAUAUAUAUAUAUAUAUAUAUAUAUAUA